UUUAAAACUUUAGAAAUUUCAGCACUCUAACAUUUUUCAUCCAAAUCUAAACGUAGGAGAGCAGCGGUGUCGAUGAAACCUGAUCCAUCGUAACAGAGGAUGUCUCUUUUUUCCCCCUGCAUUUCAUUUGUUCCAGAGGCGACGAAAUAAAGCCGUCGUUUCUUGACCACCAGCCAUGGCCGGAACUAAUCCUUCCGGCACUGUCCAAGAUGUAGCUUCUAAAGGGGAAGUCCCGGAAAGAUACAUCCAUAAAGAAAGCGAUCGAGGAGCUCUGAACGCUCCGUUAAUGGCAGCUCCUGUAAUCGAUAUCGGUCUCUUCUCAUCCGGACCGGAACUGGAGAAACUCCGCCAUGGACUUCAAUCAUGGGGCUGCUUUCAGGCUAUAAAUCAUGGAAUGUCAACUGAAUUUCUUGAUGAAGUUCGUCAAUUAGCGAAACAGUUCUUUGGUCUUCCAAUGGAAGAGAAACUGAAAUACUCAAGAGAAGAUGAAAUGGAAGGAUAUGGCAAUGACAUGGUUCUUUCAGACCAACAAAUUCUUGAUUGGACUGAUCGUUUAUACCUUACUGUAUGUCCACAACAAAGCCGUCGUUUUAAGUAUUGGCCAACAAAUCCUGAAAGAUUUAGGGAAGUUGUUGAUGAGUACACUGCUAAUGUGAAGCUGAUAAGUGAGAAAAUCCUUAAGGCCAUGGCAAGGUCAUUAGAUUUAGAUGAGAGUAGCUUUCUUAACCAGUAUGGUGAGCGAAUUCAGCUCGACGCACGGUUCAACUUCUACCCUCGAUGUCGAAAUCCCGAUCUUGUUCUCGGUGUUAAGCCGCACGCCGAUGGAUCAGCAAUCACCAUUUUGUUGCAGGACAAGGAAGUAGAAGGUCUGCAGUUCAUGAAAGGUAACGAGUGGUUCAAUGCCCCGAUCAUUCCCGGCGCUCUUCUCGUCAAUGUCGGGGAUCAAGCAGAGAUCACAAGUAAUGGGAUAUUCAAGAGUCCAGUUCACAGGGUAUUGACAAACUCAGAGAGGGAGAGGAUAUCUUUGGCAGUUUUUUACCUUCCAGAUUCAGACAAAGAAAUUGAACCAUUAGAGAAGCUGAUUAAUGAAACUCAGCCAAGGUUGUACAAGACUGUCAAGAACUUUGUUGGGCUUUACUUUGAGUACUACCAACAGGGACAGAGACCAAUGGAGGCUGCAAGAAUCUAAAUUUGUUCUAUGAUAUUUCUACCUCUCAUUUUCUACCUGCCAUUUUCAUGGUUGAUUGAAGUCAUUUACACAACAAAAAAGCUUAUAAUAUCUAUGUUUUAGAUCAUUUUUGUCCU